GCAAACCGUAGGUCGCGCCAAAUUUAUCUGCAGAAGACCGUUUGUAGUGUUUCAACUUGCUGGUGUGGCCACGUGACGGAAUAUUCUGCUAACAGCCAUGUCCACCGAAUUUGAGCACAUCUCCUUGCUUCCAAUGCAAUGCGGCGACAACUUUGACACGGAGGUCAGCAACACAAAUUUCGACCCGUCAGCAGCAGGCUAUCAAGAUUUCACCUCUGCUCCGUUUUCUGCGCUCCCACCACUGCUGCGGCACGCGGAUGAGUCCAACCCAGGUUUUACGCGAACAGGGAAGAUGUGCAGCGACCGGCUGCCAGCGCAGGCGGCACAAGCACCACAGCCGCUCUGGCAGCAGCAACGAACUGACGUACGUGCGAGUGGCGACCGUUCCCAGUUAAUAGCGGGGGGAUCCUCAGCCGGCCCCUCUGUCGGCGGCGGUCUGAAGAGGCCGCUAUGGGAUUCAACAAACACAGUGACGCGUGGAGCGACUUUGCGAGUGGAGGGGACACCCACCAAGACUCUGAUUGGGAGUCAGCUCGACCCGCUGACACCCACCGCCAACCUAAAGCUGCUGUUUAGCGCCAUGAGCCCUGAGAUUCGCAACCGCGACAGCAAGAAAAAGAAGCAGCUGUUCGACGAGUGCAGUGGUGAUGUUGCAGCGUCGGUGCAGGAAGCAGCAGGUGAUGGCGGGAAUGAGGCAGUAUUGGAAGGUUGUGAGGGCGGUGCUUUUAUUGAAGAUGCAAUAUUUAAAACAAGUCGCAAGGACAAGUCUUUGAGAUUGCUAUGCAUGAGGUUUCUGGCAAUGUUUCCAAAUGACACUAGUGUACAAAUAUCCAUGUGCUUGGAUAAGAUUGCUAAGCAAUUGUGUACGGAGCGCCGCCGCAUCUACGACAUCGUUAACGUGCUCGAGAGCGUCGAGAUCGUGAGCCGACAGGCGAAGAAUCAGUACUCGUGGCACGGGCGCGCUCAGCUCACCAACACCCUGCUGAAGCUGAAGGAGCUGGCAAGGCGGGAACGCUAUGAUCGUUUAUUGGAGGCUGUCCUUGAGUAUGAACCAGACAGGACGUGUCGCUAAUGCGCA